AUGUUUUCAAUUUUUGUCAGUCUUCUUACACUGUAUUUGAUCUAUCGAUUGUACCAAUGUUUAUUCCUUUCACGAACCAUUGAUCCACGAAAUAAAUCUGUUCUGAUUAGUGGUUGUGAUACAGGUGUCGGUUAUCUUUCAGCUAUUGAACUUGAUAAAAAAGGCUUUCAUGUCUUUGUUGGUGUCCUUCGCCAAGACAAUAUCAUUUUACUCAAAGAAAAACUUUCUUCGCGUGCAACGGUCUUUCGUCUAGAUAUAACCAAACAAGAAGAUAUUGACGAAGCAUACGAUUUGAUCACGGGAAAAGUUGAUACUUUAUAUGGAUUAGUGAAUAAUGCUGGGAUAAUGACACAUGGUUGUGUUGAUUGGACAUCAAUGCAAAUGAUGCGCAAAGUGAUGGAUGUUAAUUAUUUUGGACAUGUGAACAUGACAAAGAAAUUUUUACCGUUACUCAUAAAAAAACGUGAUUCGCGUAUUGUAAAUGUUGUUUCGGCUGCUGGAUUCUUUGCUUUUCCAAACACGUCAGCUUAUUCAGCAUCGAAAUAUGCAAUGAAAGCUUUCUCCGACUGUCUUCGUCGAGAAAUGUCUCCAUGGAAUUUACGCGUCAGUACGAUUGAACCUGGUGCUUUGAAAACGCCUAUGAUGGAGACUUAUGAGCAAACAUGGAGGGAUGUUUGGAAUCAACUUUCGACUGAUGUUCAACAACGUUGGGGAAUUGAUUAUUUGAACAAAAACAUCACAAAAGCAGUUAACAGUCCAUUCAUGAUCCAUGCAGACAAUCCACUGACUGUAGUACGAGCCAUUGAACACGCACUUAUGAAAGUUAAGCCUUGGGUUCACUAUCGACCAGGAUGGCAAGGAAAGCUAAUCUUCUUUGUUUUAUAUCUGUCACCAGCCUGGCUUAGUGAUAAAAUCAUUGCUAGCGUUUGGAAUUUUGUUCCUGCUGGCGUACGACAGCAAAGUUGA